UCUCCUUGUAGUGGCUCUCACCACUUACAGGGUUGUACAGAAGAAUUAUACCUUGAUCAACUGGAGGAUGAUUCUUUGUUUUCGCUGAAAACUUUAUGUUUGCCACCUAUGAAGCGGCUUCAAUGUCUGUCAUUCAAAUUCACAAGUAUGGAAGAAGUGAAGAUCAAUUGGGAAAAGGAAGGAAGAAAGAUACAGACACCAUAUGACUUUCAAACCUCUGUGAUUGCAGGCGAAAGAAACUUCUACAACUUGUGGACGGUCGACAUACUGUCCUGCCCAAAUUUAAAGGACAUUACAUGGAUCAUUUGGGCCCCAAAUCUGAGAAAUCUCUUUGUGGCUAACUGCCAUAGAAUGGAAGAAAUAAUUAGUGAGGGUGGAGUUGCAGCGAUGACCGGGGAUCUUAUCUUGUUUGAGAAACUCCAAAAUCUGAGAUUAUUUUCUUUGUCAGAAUUGAAGAGCAUCCACAGGUUUGCACUUUCCUUCCCAUGUUUGGUUGAAAUUAGAGCAGUUGAUUGUCCAAAGCUGAGGAAAAUUCCACUUAACUCCAAUAGCGCAGAAGGGCGUAGAAUCAUCAUUGGAGGAAACCAACAGUGGUGGAAUGAGCUAGAAUGGGAGGAUGAAUCCGCACGGGACACUUUUCUCCCCUCUUUCCAACCUAUAGAUUAAGGCUUAGUUGGACAACAUUGUCUGGUGCUGCCUUAUAGAUGUAAUUGUUAAAAGUAUUGUGUUAUAUUGUUACAAAAAGUAUAUUGUCACCAAAAAUAUUUUUAGUAUUUGAUAAUUAUAUUUUAAAAUAAUUAUCUAGUGUAAAA